ACCAUACACUGUUCACCAACAUCUCCUCCCGUUUGUUGGCUGUAACAUAGACUAUAGACUACCGUAACGGGCGUUGCGUUCUCUCUCGCUCACCAUAUAUGAUACAAGUAUCGGUAUAAUUUAACCUUACCAGGCACCCUCAUCUAAACGUUGGCUCAUGCGGGUGCUCUGGAACCGGUGCCGUAGUGAUUCGACCCCUCCUCCAUCCUGCAUCCCUCCCCUCUGCCCUUCUGCUUCAACACCUACCGUAGCCAACUAACCCUCCCUCACCACCCACACACAACCUUCCAUCAAGUUCCAUCAAACACUCUCAUCCCUACUUGACUCGGGAAUAGACGGUUGGAAGAGUUUUCUUCGAAGCAUCCAUUCAAAGCUCACUCACCAUGUCUGAUCAAGACUCUCUGAUUCAAAACUUUUGCGCCGUUACGGGUUCCGAUGCUCAACAGGUUUGCUACCAUACAUACUCUAAAUUGUCAACUGUGUUUCGGAUCCUGUGUUUGCUGACCCGCUCCAUCCGCCAGGCUCGUCAUUUUCUCGAAGCUUCAAAUUGGAACAUUGAGGUGAAUAUUGCUUUUAUUUCCCCUGCUGGGUCCAUGGUUCUUUGGGGGGUGAAUAAUCUGACUGGGUGGCGUGCAGUCUGCGACCGAACAGUUUUUCGAAGCUAACGACGAGGAUGCUACCGGUCCCCUCCAUCAUCAUCUCGACUCUGACUCCGACGGAAGUGAGGCUCUUUACGAUCCGCCAAGGCAAGCACCAGGGGCUGCCACUGCUUCGAGCUCCAAAUCCAAGUAUGUGAAGCUCGGUCCCUUUUCCCUCGUGGGGGGAUGGGGUGUUUGCCCUUCCCCCCCCAGCUUUUGAGCGGUUACGGUGAUGUCGGAUUCAUAUUCUGAUCUGAUGACAUCUUCUAGGUUUGCUACUCUCGGUGAUUUGAAGGGUAAGGAUGGCGAAGAGGACGAAAAUUCUGACGAUGAGAAGCAGGACUUGUUUGCUGGAGGUGAGAAAUCGUAAGUGUUGGGGAAGGGAGUUCACCUUCGCUCUGCUUGCUACACCACUACAUGAGCUAAUCAGCUAAUAUGGAUUUUUGUGUAACGGUAGUGGCCUAGCUGUCCAGAAUCCGGGCGAUCUUCGUAACAAGGGGCAGAUCGUUCAGGAUAUUCUCAAGCGUGCAGCGGAGUAUGUAUUUCUGCCUUCCCGCUAUGCAUAGGCAUCUCUGUGGGGGCGGCGCUGAUUUUGAGUAGGGGUCCCCCACGCCCGCAGGAAGAGGAAGCCGGCCCCUCCCGCCCACGUUUUACUGGUACUGGUCGUACUUUAGGAAGUGAUGACACCGAGUCCAUCGAAAUUCCCGACCCCGAUGCCGCAAGACGCCCCACCCAAAUUCCUACUGUUACCCGCUCCCUUACCUUCUGGCGUGACGGUUUCAGUGUCGAAGAUGGGCCAUUAAUGCAUUACGAUGACCCUGCGAAUCAGGAUGUUCUCCAUGCAAUCCGGAAUGGACGCGCCCCAUUAAGUUUGAUGAAUGUUGAACCGGGCCAGCCGGCAGAUGUCAAUGUUUUCAGGCGUACGGAUGAGGACUAUGUUCCAACAAAGAAGAAGUGGGCUCCUUUCAGUGGUACCGGGCAGAGGCUUGGUUCUCCUACUCCCGGUGCACCGUCCUCUUCCACAGCGCCCCCGCCAGUUGUCACUUCUCCUGCUACUCCCACAGUCCCUGCCUCGACCUCGGCACCCCCAGUUGGUGGUUCUGCGCUUGAUAUCACCCUGCGGAUUCGGCUGAGCGAUGGAACGAUGUUGACGAGCAGAUUUAAUCACAGCCAAACCGUUGGAGAUCUCUAUGGCUUUGUCAACGGCGCAAGUCCGGAGAGCAGAACCAGGUCCUAUCUCCUGCAGACAACUCCCCCCAUCAAGGAGUUGAGGGAUAUGGAGCAAACGAUUGAGGAUGCGAAUUUGGCCAGGGUGGUUGUUGUGCAAAAGUGGGCAUAGACUUCUUGUUUCCUUUUCCACGGAUGGAAAAAAACUAACUGGCGAAUUAACUGAAUUCUCUAAUGUUCUUACAACCUGCUCGCAUUUCAUGUUUCGCUCUUUGGGUGUUUUUUUUUUUUUAAAAAAAAAAACGCUAGCUGUGAAAGGCGCUAUGGCUUUCUUUCGAUCUCGUAUGUGUCCAGUACUAUGUGUUAUCAUUGGCCAAAAUGGGAAUGGGUGGUCAGAGUUCUCAGCAGUUCCACUAUAGAAACUGAAUAGGGCAAGCGUUAUAGUUUCGCCUUCAAUGACACAUCAAAAGAGCUCCUGUAGUUUGCGGAUACGCAGUGCAGGGCUAGGUACGAAUAUUAAGCGCGGCGCAAAACAUCUACCUGGGUAAAGCAAUCCCAGGCAAGAAAAAAGAGAGAAAAAAAAGAGUAAAAGCAAACCCAACUCCCCAAGGAAGGAAAAUGUAAUAAUGCUGUAGGAAAUUUAUCUAAACAAUCUGCCCACACCCCCGAUAGCACCCUCACCACCAACCCCCGGGCCAGCGCCAAGGGCAUUCCCGCACCCACCCCCAAUGGAUCCUCUAAAGCCAACAGCCCCACGGAGCUCCAGCCUGUACCUUCUCGCGGCCUCCCUUAAGUGAUCCGGAAGCAGAGGACCAAGACUACCAUCCGAUUUUGUCCUCUUCCGAACAUUCUCAGUCCCCUCACCUUCAACGUCCGCAUCCGCCCAUUCCUUCUGAACCUUCAACGCAAGCUCCACAAUCUCUCCCGUAAAAACCUUCGAGAACCCACAGAUCGCCGUACCGACCCCAGCCGUGACGCUCUGCGAGAGGACCUGAUUGGCAAGUUUUUUGACGGCGGCUUUGUUAAGAUUCGCGCGACGGAAGGCCUCGUAGCGUUGUGUUUGCUGGUUGUCGAAGGAGUCGAGGAGUACACUAUUGCGCCACAUUAGAAUCGCCUACCCCCGGCGCGCGCAAUCCAACUGGAAGGGGGCCACUCACGAGAGCUUGAUCUUCUCAUCAUCCUCCCCCCCGAAGUUCCCCGUGGCGCCCUCCGCGAGCACGGUGGAAGUUCCGUAAUCAUCCUCCCGCCCAUCGUCGUCUUCUUCGUCCUCCUUCGCACC